AAACAAUAAACAUUGGAUCCGUGCAAGAUCGUGUGGUGUGCGCUCUCGAGCCGAAAAAUUUCACUUGAAUUUAUCCAGCUCUCUUUAUUUAGUUUCAACAAUUCCCUUUUAAUUAUCGCUGAACUUCUGCACUAUGAAAUUCUUCUUAUUUUAUAUUUAGUUCCAUUUCUUACUUAACUAAAUAUUGAUAUACAAUUUCUGUAGGCACUGCUCAACUACUUACCUACCUACCUGUUAAGAUGAUUUUACAACAUUUCAACUUGGUUGUUUGUAUUUCUGUGAUUUUUACCAAGAUUUUAGAGAACUGCGCAGAAUUUACUGCUGAAGAUUGCACAGCAUUAGGAUAUAACAAAGCAAACCUGUUGUGCUCUUCUUGUGAUCAACUCAGUAUCUUCGGGUUAAAUGUUUUAAAAGAGCAUUGUUUGGAGUGCUGUCAUCCUGGAGAGGCCCAAACAAGCACGAAAAAAUAUGCUAAGGCUAGGUUAGAAGUAUGCACCUGUAAAUUUGGAGCCUAUCCUCAAAUUCAAGCAUUUGUCAAAAGUGACCGGCCCAACAAGUUUCCAAAUCUAACCAUAAAAUAUGUCCGCGGUCUAGAUCCAAUCAUCAAGCUUAUGGAUAAGAAUGAUGUAGUUCAAGAGGUGCUAGCAAUUGAAAGGUGGAAUACUGAUUCAGUCGAAGAGUUUUUAAACACAUAUUUAGAAAAGGAUGAAAUGGAUUCGAAUGGAAAAGACUAUCUUGAAACGAAUCGAAUUUAAUACAGCACCGCAGGUCUCUUAUUUCUGCAGUAUCAGCUCCCAACCUACUUUAUUUUUUGGUCUUGCUGAUCACUCUGUUUCAUGAUCAACUGGCUGAGGGUUGAUGAAAUGUUUCAUUCCACAAUAUUUUGAGUGCUGUGCAUGAAAUGGUCACCUUAUCCCAGACUGUUGUAACUUGUCUCUUUCCCACAGUCAUUUAUAUUGGUGGUAGAGGAUUUUUUACACCAUUUAAUCUCCUCUCACUGAUCUCCCCAACUGAAUGUCCAAUUGAAGUUUUAUUAUGGGGUAGAGUUAAGAAAUUUUUACAGGGUGAGAUGCCUACAGUGUAAUUUUCCCUUCAUGAAAUUCGUGGAAAAACCAAUAAGUUGAUUGGAAAGUUCAAAAACUUUUUAGGGGAGAAAAAGCCUAGCAAAAUCUAACAAAUUAAAAGCUGACAGUCAAGUUGAUGCAGCAAGGCGAAGCCAGAAGCUGAGUUCAGCCAAUCAGGAAACGCCAUUUCCCUCGCCUGACCUUGUCAUCAGACUUUGCCAAAAAUUUCGUUUCUAACUGGUCCAUUUUUUGGCAUCUUCAAAAGCGAGUCUCUUUGUUACUUAGAGUUUGAAAAGAUCCGAAAAUAUUUCCGGAAGCUCAGUUCUUUCCACACUUUCAAAAAGUGAAUUUAAAAAAAUGGAUGCCUUUGACCCAUUCAAAAAUAUCCCAAAUUCUUUUUCAACAGUUUUCAAAUUUUUAAAUUUUUCUACAGGUUCUUGCAAACUUUUGACCAAGGGUAUGUGUGUGGUGGCAAAGAAUCAUGCAAGUGAGUGAUUACCCUCUUUGACUAGAACUCAAAAAACCAAUCGACGGUGAAAGUCGGCAGUCACAUAACUCGUUUGCGGUGUCUGUAAAUCUCCUCCUCUAUGUUAUGUUUUAAAAGGAGAACAAGUUGACAUCAUUCCUUGAAGUUUAUGCAGAAUUUUCUUCGAAAGAAAAGGAAAUUGCGGCAGUUUUAAAGAUUUGCGUGUUGAGCAGUUUUUCCCUUAAAAAUAAAGGAAGACAGGAAGUCUGUGACGUCAAAAACCGAGUUAUGUGAUUGCCAACUUACACCGUCGCAAUGCCGUGGGUGCGUUUGACUGAGAAUUUGUGACAGAAUUUUUGGACUUUGUCAGGUUUGGUGAGAAAAAGAGGCUCACAAGUAAUGCUUGUGUUGAAAAUGACGAAGUUGUUCUUUUUUGGCUAGUGGUAGAGAUGGUGUGGCUGGUUACAAAAGCAGCAUAUUGGACUAGAAGAGGCUUGCAAGGAAAAUGGAUAGGACUAAAAAGACGAUGAACAGUGAGGAGUCGUAAUAGCAACUUUGAUAAAACCUUUCAAAAUUUGUACGAAGAUCAGACGAAGCUAAUCAGAAAAGGAUGUUUUGAUGUGUUGGUACAUUAAUGGAAUAGAACGUCUAAGAAGGAUUCGAAUCCAAACUAAUAUUACUUUGUGGACUUAAUUGCCUUUUAAAAUAAAUUUGUAAAUUUUAGCCAGUAAGUUCUUCUUAUUCUUAUCAUACAAGGCAAUCUUUUUUUUUUUAGAUUUAACUAUACAAUCAAGUCUUUAGCAGAUGUUGUAUUGAAAAAAAAAAAAAAACUCUCCAUUGAAAGUUUGAAUUCUUAAGAAACUUUGUAUUCAGAUGUGUUAAGAGUAUCAAACACUCAAACGCGCUUUCAUCCAGCUCUGUUCACAGUCAUUCUUUUGUUUCAAGUUGUUUUUUUCUUUUUUCUCUCUCAUUUCUAUUUUAUUAAUCAAGUAAAUAUGCCAUUUGCUUAUUUACCCUGAGCAACUGUAACUUGUCUUGUCAACAGUCAAACAACCCCUUUUUCUGCCAAUGUUUUACAUUUUGGAGUUCCCAGUGAUUGUGCCUACUUUUUAGUUUUAUCAAUUUCUGCUGCCAAACAUAAUCAGUUUAGUUGUUUGUAAGGAAAUGAUUAGCAAGCCUUUUUUUACCAGAUCUCAUGUAAAUGAACCAUUUUCUCUUUUUGAUUGAAUAAAAAAUGUUCCAACAUUGA